AACGUCUUGAACGGUGGUUCCCACGCUGGUGGUGCUUUGGCUUUGCAAGAAUUCAUGAUUGCUCCAACUGGUGCUCCAUCCUUCUCUGAAGCUUUGAGAAUGGGUUCUGAAGUCUACCACCAUUUGAAAUCUUUGACCAAGAAGAGAUACGGUUCUUCUGCCGGUAACGUCGGUGACGAAGGUGGUGUUGCUCCAAACAUUCAAACUGCUGAAGAAGCUUUGGACUUAAUCGUUGACUCCAUUAAGUUGGCUGGUCACGAAGGUAAGAUCAAGAUCGGUUUAGACUGUGCUUCUUCCGAAUUCUUCAAGGACGGUAAGUACGACUUGGACUUCAAAAACCCAGAAUCUGACCCAUCCAAAUGGUUGUCUGGUCCAGAAUUAGCUGACAUGUACCACAACUUGAUGAAGAAAUACCCAAUUGUCUCCAUUGAAGAUCCAUUUGCUGAAGAUGACUGGGAAGCUUGGUCUCACUUCUUCAAGACCGCUGGUAUCCAAAUUGUUGCUGAUGAUUUAACUGUCACCAACCCAGCCAGAAUUGCCACUGCCAUUGAAAAGAAGGCUGCUGACGCUUUGUUGUUGAAGGUCAACCAAAUCGGUUCUUUGACUGAAUCCAUCAAGGCUGCUCAAGACUCUUUCGCUGCCGGUUGGGGUUGUAUGGUUUCCCACAGAUCUGGUGAAACCGAAGACACCUUCAUUGCUGACUUGGUCGUUGGUUUGAGAUCUGGUCAAAUCAAGACUGGUGCUCCAGCUAGAUCCGAAAGAUUGGCUAAGUUGAACCAAAUCUUGAGAAUCGAAGAAGAAUUGGGUGACAAGGCUGUCUACGCCGGUGAAAACUUCCACCACGGUUUCCAAUUGUAA